AUGGCGCGGCUGCCGAACCUGGUGCUGCCGUGGGUGCCGAGUCCGAACGAGCGAGGGUCGUCGAGCGACCUGCCCACUCCCGAGAUUCGAGACGACGUGCUGCGAGCCAGGGUGAAGGAAGCGCAGCAGACGGCGGCGAGUGCGCGCGUGGGGUGGGCGGUGCUGCACGUGGUGGUGCCGGCGUCGCUGCUGCUGCUCAACACGUCGCUCGCGCAGGCCCUUGUGCAGCAGCCUGUGGGGGCGGAAGCGGUGUGCUACGGGGUGCUCUUCCUCGCCACGCUGCUGCAGUACCUCUACACGUCCGGCUCCUCGCCUGGGUACGUGCAGGAUGUGGCUGACAGCCUGCAGGCAGCCGUGACAGCAGCCAAUGCACGCCAUGCCGCCACACACGCCGUGCCACCGCCUUCACCAGCGUCCCCCGCUCCUACUUCCUCCCCAUCCUGCGUGGUGGUGCCCCUGCCCCCUCCCAGGGGGAAAGGGGGUGGCGAGGGGGGCAGGGGGGAGUCUGGUCUGCACUCUCAACCCCUUCCACUUGCUCCCAGCGCUGCGCACCCCCAUGGGCCCUGGGCCCUGCUCGCGCCCUGCCUGCCAGGCUGCCGGUGGUGUGGGCACGUGGGGUGCAGGUGGUGCGGGGACAGGGGGUGCCGCUGGUGUGGCGACGGGGCGGAUGCACCGUGCGAUGACGUGGAGAGAGGGGCGGAGGCUGCAGAGGGAGAGGGGGAGGGGGAGGGGCGCAGCUGCUGUGGGGCACGGGCGUGGGGUGCUGCGAGGGUGGGAAAUAAGGGAGAUGGGGGAGAAGAGGGGGAGGGAGGGGGUGUUGAAGGGAGGGAUGGAGAGGCGAGAUUGUUGCUGCUGCCGCUGCCAGCACAGCCAUCUCGACUCACAGCAGCGCAGUCAAACUUCCUCGUCUCCCAAUUCAGCAGUGCGCGGCGGUGGUGCCCGUACUGCCGGGUGCAGCAGCCGGUGCGCGCCAAGCACUGCUACGACUGCGGCCGCUGUGUGCUGCGCUUCGACCACCACUGCUUCUGGGUCUCCACCUGCAUCGGCCUGCGCAACCACGCCCGCUUCUGGGUGUACCUGGUGUUGGAGUGCUGCCUCACGUGGUGGUCGCUCAUCAUCUGCCUCUCCGCCUUCACCGCCCCCGUCUCACCCAACCACUGGUCCGUCCCUCCUUGCCCCAUCCCUGCCUCACCUCCCCUCACACCCGCCUUGCCCCAUCCACAGCAUGCCACCCACCUCUCAUCCCCUGCUUCCAUGUGCCCUCCCCCAUCGCCAUCCCUGCACCAUCCUUCCAUGUCCCCCUCCACUGUCCACCCCCUCCCCACCGGCCACCAGGCUGGAGCACCAGCUGUCAGCGCUGGCGUUCACGGCGCUGCUGCUGCCGCUCGCCGUGUUCCUCGCCAUCCUCGUGUGCUUCCACACGUGAGUCAAGUCACUCUGCCACACGUGAGUCCCUCUGCCACACGUCAGUCCCUCUGCCACACGUCAGUCCCUCUGCCAUCCACUCGUGACUCACUCUGCCACUCGUGA